CGCAAGCGGUCUUAGCGAGAACAUUAAUACUUGAUUUGUCUGUUAAAUUAGAAAACUUCUGAUAAUCAACAUUCUUAUAUUCAAGUGCUACGAAUUCUUUUGAACGUUUCUAUAUUGAUAUAUUAGAUAUAUUACUCUACAUUUAUUGUAAUAAACCUUCAUUUGCCGAACAUUAAGUGUGUGUUAUUCACUGCCAAUAAAACGACUAACAGUACUCAAGUUUACUACUUUAAUUCAAACCUUGCGUUUUUCGCUCUUUUUAGCACAUCAGCGGUAUCGAGAGUUGAACAUAAUAUAGAAAAUGUGGCCUUUUUAAUAUCAUGUGCGAUAGUACGGCGCGUCUUGAUGGCAAAACUGUGGUUAUAACAGGGGCAAAUUCCGGAAUCGGCAAGGAAACUGCCAGAGAUUUAUAUCGAAGAGGAGCCAGGGUUAUUUUGGCUUGUCGUAAUAUGAAAAAGGCAAAUGCUACAGUGGACGACAUAAAGAGGAAUCCAUUUUCAAAAGUGGAUGGGCAACAGCUGAAAGAUAAGACAGGUGAUCUCGCAAUUUACCAACUGGAUCUCAGCAGUUUCCAAAGUGUAAGAGAAUGCGCUAAGAGUUUACUAACAAAGGAACCAGUGAUUCAUAUUCUCAUAAACAAUGCCGGCAUUUUUAUGUAUCCAUUCGAGAAAACCGAGGACGGAAACGAGAUGCACCUGCAGUCGAAUCAUCUCGGACAUUUUCUUUUAACGCUGCUACUACUACCGAAAUUGCGAUUAUCUGGUUUUGGCUGCAGGAUAAUUAACGUAUCGUCUAUAGCGCAUUGGUUUGGCAAUAUAAAUUUUGAUGAUAUUAAUUUGGAAAAGUUUUAUGGACCAUGGAAAGCUUAUGCACAGAGUAAACUGGCAAAUAUUCUAUUUACUAAAGAACUCGCGCAUCAAUUAGCAAAGGCAGAGAUAGAAGGAAUAAAUGUUUACGCCUUACAUCCUGGUCUUAUACCUACGGAAAUAUCACGUUAUAGCGGCGACACCUUUUUUUAUGGUGCGGACAAACUUUUCAAUUGUUUUACAUGGAUGUUUUUUAAGAAUGUGAUGCAAGGAGCACAAACAACGAUAUAUUGUGCGGUAGAUGAAAAAGUGGGCGAAGAGACUGGGCUUUAUUAUUCUGAUUGCAGUCCUGCCAUGACAUAUAGCAGAGCAAUGAAUGCCGAUUAUAGCAAAAAGUUGUGGGAUAUAUCUUGUCGACUGUUGCAUUUGGAGCCCGAGGAAAAUCUUGUUGCAUUAUUGAAUACUAUUUCACGUCAAAUUGCUGAUUAAUCCGAG